AUGGUCUAUGUUAAAACCCUGCUUCGCCGCGCCGACAACUUCAUGUACAUCGUCAAAAAGAAUGCCGGGGCGCGCAAGGCGUUUUUGGUUGAUCUAGUGAACGAAGAGAAUUAUCAGGAGCUGGCCGAACAUGAGAAUCUUGAAAUCACCGCAGUGCUCACCACACAUCACCACUAUGAUCAUUGUGGUGGAAACGAAGGAUUUCGCCGCCAAUUCCCAAAUAUUCCGAUAUUCGGAGGAGAUGAGAGAGUUCCAGCUAUGGAUCAUGCUCUUAAGCAUAACCAGGAAAUUGAAAUCGCCGAUUUGAAGAUUAGCUCCUUCUCAACCCCAUGCCAUACUUCCGGUCAUAUCUGCUACUUUGUGAGCGAUCCAUCAAACGACGCCGAGCCCCCAGUCCUUUUCACCGGAGACACUCUUUUUAUCGCUGGCUGUGGACGCUUCUUCGAGGGAACCGCUCCUCAGAUGGACACUGCUCUCAACAAGAUUCUAAAAGUGCUUCCAGAAGAAACCCUUGUCUAUCCAGGUCAUGAGUAUACUGUCGCUAACUUGAAAUUCGCUGCCCACGUGGAACCUCGGAAUCCGGAUGUUGCUGCCAAGUUGAAAUGGGCUGAGGAGCAGAGAGCGAAGGGAUUGUUCACUGUUCCCAGUACAAUUUUCGAUGAGAAGGCAACAAAUCCAUUCAUGAGAGUUGUCGAAUCUGAAGAGGUUCAGAAGACAGUCGAGACGAAUGACCCAAUUGAAGGAAUGGCGAAACUCAGAGAAAUGAAAAAUAAUUUUUAA